AUGAGGGUUCCAAUCCUGCUUUCCGCCGUUCUGGUGAUGACUGCAGUCGCUGCUGCAGACAUCAUCAAGCUUGUCACCGUCUUGCCAUUUUCCACGACGGACGUGUUGGCCACCAAUGCCAACUUAAGCAUGUCGCUGGCCAUUGAGGAGAUCAAUGCCGCUGCACUUUUCCCGGGUGCAACUGUCACUUUGGAUUACCGAAACGAUCAGAACAAUAAAGCCCGAGAGGUCGCAACGGGGUUGGAUCUGAUCUCUGGGGGCUAUUCGGGUGUGGUUGGUAGCUACCUUUCAGAUCAGUCAAAGAUGCUCGCAUAUACCCUCACCACACCGAAGAUAUUCCAAUGCAGUGGAAUUUCGACGUCACCAGCGUUGGGCGAUAAAGAAGAAUUUCCGACUUUCUUCCGAGUCAUUGCCGACGAUAAUGCACAAGGAACGGUUAUACUGCAACUGAUCCAGAAGCAGGGCUGGAGCCGCUUUGGCAUCAUCGCAGGAACGUCGGACUACUCGAGAGAAAUCGUCAAUGUCAUUAUGGCGAACGCGCCAGAUUAUGGCCUAGAAGUCUCAUCUCCCAUAACCGUCGAUCCAAGGGAAACUACGGGCCUCCAGACGAAGCUCGAAGGCUAUAAGGCCAUCGGGAUACGUGUGAUCGUAUUGGUUCCGAACGACGAGGUCGAGACCUUGGGGACUCUCCGGAUCCUUAACGACAACGGUUUCGUCGGUCCGGAAUUCGCUUAUAUCGGCUCCGACGUGACGAAUCUGGUGUUCUCGGCUUCUAAUUAUCAAGCAUCAAGGGACAACAAAUUACUCCAAGGGAUGUUUGUGGUGAGCGCUUUAGAGUACUCUGCCUCGACGAAGUCAUUGGAGGCAAAGAUGAAGGACAAGUAUAAUCUUGUCAUCGGUGCAAAUGGCGGCAGCGACGGCGCAGCGUUUUACUACGAUUGUGUAUAUGCGUUCGCCCAUGCAUUGAAAAACAUCAUGACAAAAAAUAGCCUGACGGUCACGCAAAUGGCCAAUCGAGAGUGGAUGAACCUGCCAAUAACGAUCGCUGACUUUGUGAAUAUAAGCUUUCAAGGAGCUACCGGAUACCUCGCUUGGCAAUCCGAUGGGAACGUCGUUUCGUCGCAGUUUGCCGUUUACAACAUAAUAGACAAUAGCCUGAAACUCAUCGGAAAUGGAACAUCUGCGGCCAUUGACUUCUAUACCCAGCCCGUCUUCUUCUCCGGUACCACCGCCAUUCCACUGGACAGUCCAGUUCUGGAUGACCAACUUAUCGGGUACACGAAGCCCUUCUCCUUGCUCAUCACCAUUCUGACCACCGUUGCCCUAGCUGUUAUCUUCGCGAGUCUCUGCCUCCUUGUCGUUAAAUCGACCCACCCGUUGCUCCGUCCUAUUUCACCGCCUUUCAUGAUGAUCUCUGCAUGUGGACUCAUGCUCUGCCUCGCGAGCAUCUACAUCGACGCCAAGCUGAUUCCGUCCCGCGCAUCCUGCAACUCCGGAUACAGCCUGCUGGUGCUGGGCUUUGCUUGCGUUAUCGGCAGCGUCAUGAUGAAGCUGUAUAGGCUCUACAGAAGGGCGUUAUCCACAAACACGCUCCUGCAGGGAACAGGCGCUUUGAUAGCCAUUGAAUUGAUCAUAGUCUUGAUUUCCGUGCUCGCCUUCCCUCUGCUUCCCAUCGAGCACAAGGACAUGGUCAGCGUGCAGCACUAUUUCACCUGCGAAGCCGAUAAGGUCGUCGCCGGCACGGCAAUAACGGGUGUCCUGUAUGCUUAUAACGGCUCGCUCCUUGUGGCAUGUUGCUACCUGGCAUUCCAAACCCGCGACAUCUACUCGACAUACAACGAGGCUAAAAGUAUUGGAGUAGCGAUUUACAACAUUUUCGCCUGCGCGUUCAUAGGAAUCAUUAUUCAGUUCAUGGCCUCUGUCAGUCCGGUCAUAACGUUCGGGAUCAAAUCGAUCCUAAUCAUAUUUGCAGUCUUACUGACGUAUUACCUCAUGAUCGGAAAAUACGUGCUCGCAGUUGUGCAAAAACAGAGCGCGGAGAACUACGGGCUCGCCGCCGAGAGCAGUACUGGCUCGACCAGUGGGCCUGGCGGCAAGAGUUCAGUAAAUGUCUCGACCACCGCGUUGAAAUCGCAGCGGGAAAAUUCAAAAGCCCCGGAGAAAACUACGAUUCAGAGCGCCGUCUACCCAAUAUGCGGAUCGAGCGAUGUCACUUCGGGGCAGUGGCGCAACUUUCAGCUCCAUUUGGUUGGGAAGCCAAUGUACUCCCUUGCGCUUCUGAACGUGCGCGACAACGCAAAAUCCCUCCUCAUUCCCAUUACAGGUGCUAUAGUGAACAUCGCCAAUGAUCGCCUCGUUAUUUCCGUCAAAUGGCCAAAGGGCGCGAUACGGAUUCAAACGGACACCGAGACCGCCGCGGCGAUGUGGGCCGGGGCCAUACAACGUUUGCAGACAGAGAGUACGGGCGGCACCCCCACGACUACUCCUCCCAGUGCUACAGCGUCGCGGACUACUGGGCGAUCUCAAGCAGUGCGUCAGUUAGUUUAG